AUGUCUUCUCGGUUUUGCUGUCAUUUAAGGGCAAAUUGGAAGUCUGUAGGUCAUUUCCUCUUACGCCUCAUAAACACGUAUGUUGAGCUUUGUGCGUGUAGCCUAACGUUAUGCUUUGGGCCAGGUAUUAGCCUGCUAGUUACCUUGCUGUAUAGAUAGAUAUAUCAGUGUGCGGCUUUCGUUUCCAGCCACCAUGCUCUGUAAAUGUAUUUAGAGAACAGACGCUGUGUCACUUAGUAGUUUGUUAGCUACUGACAAUACUCUGUUAACAUGCAUUGUGUUAAAACCGAUGCACGGUAACAGCCCGAGCAAGGUAGCUAGCGGUAGAGGAUAUGCUAUGCUAACUUUUUUGCAGCUGUUGAGUUCACCAUAUGUUUUUGCCUUGUAGAAAUCCAUGCAUACGUCAAAACAUUGGAAAUCAUUCAGUCAAUUGUUCAAUUUCUAGAAUUGUGAAGUGCUUUAGGUUCCACCGGCGUGACUCAUAGUUUGUGUAUAAAGGGGUGACUUCAUUGUGCAAGCGACACAGGAGCCCUAAUGCCCUUUUCUCUUGAACGUGUUAUUAAAAUCAAUGACGUGAUGAUUGUGUUCAAUGACUGCAGAUGGACCAUUAGAUCAAAACUGCCCACUGAUACGAAAUUAGAUGUGGCUUUAAUGGAGCCCGGAAGUCUCUCUCUCUCUCUCUCUCGCUCUCUCUCUCUCCAGUCUCCUGUAAUUGUAUCAAGAAACAAUUUAGUUCAGUCAGCUUUCUUUCCACUGGAGAAAAUGUCCGCUCACUUCCUCUAUCCAUUUCCAUGAUGGACUGUUUGAACUGAUAGGGAGGAAGAAAGUUGCUUACAAGGUCUGCAAGACUAGAUAUCCUAUUUCACUCUGAAAAUUGUUGAGGAUAUGAGAUGAUUUUUGUUUUCUGAAAUUAAACUUUACUUAAUCUUAAUCUUUCUGAAGGAUGAAAAAGAAUCUCAAAAGCAAACCCAAACUCAACCUCUUGCUGACAAGAGGGAAUGUUUCUUUGCAUGCAGAUUAGCCCUAGUUAUGAAAAGAAAUCCGGGUUCGGGAAAUGUUGUGUAUUACUUUCUAUUUUGAUUUAAUUUGAAUUAGGCCUACUUCCCUUCCUAACCAUGGAUUGGAAUAUGUCUGCAAUUGACUAAGAAUGUCUCACAAAAAUGUCUAUAACCUAAAACAUAGAUAGAUAGAUAAUAUUAGGUACUAUUAUUCAUCCCAAGGGAAUUAAAUAUGUAUAAGACAAUAUCCCUGUGCACUGGCUCUUUUUGGAUCCCAGGUCCUGGUAAUACGCAGGAAUAUCAGACUUCAAAAGUAAAGAUCUUCACCGCGCACACUGGUAUAAUAUUACUGAUUGUUUAUUGAGCAUGAACAACAACGCUUCUCUAAAUAAACAAUCUGUAAUAUCAUACCAGUGUGCGGUUAUCAUCUUAAAUAAAAUAUCUUCUUAAUAUAUCUUCUAAAUAUCGUCUUAACCUAGCAAAACAAAUCUCAUUUGGAGAGUGGAUUGCCACACUCACUCAAUGAGCCACGACCACAAGCCUACUUAGAAGAACAAUGACUUGCUUAUUCACACGCUCUCCUAUGCCGGCAUGGGCACAGUAACUCUCACAUCAUUUCCUCUGUCAUCCAAUCCUACUCAGAAGAGCCUGGCGAUAGAGUGGCAGAUGAAGGAAAAGUAGCAUUCUUCCCCACUCCAUCCUCUCUCAUGACAUCCUCCCCCUUGUCUGCCAUGUGUCCUUGUUUCCCCCCAACUUCUAGCCUCCCUGCCUUGCCCCCUCCCCUCGGUUCUGCCCUUCUGCCACCCUCCAGUUCCCCCUUCCCUCAUGCUGUGGAUGAAGCAGCGCCACUGCCAGCCUGAUGACUGCCUGGAUCGUUCUGCCUGUCAGCUUGUCUGCCUUCUCCAUCACUGGAAUAUGGAUAGUCUAUGCUAUGGCUGUCAUGAACCACCAUGUUUGUCCAGUAGAAAACUGGUCGUACAACGUCACAUGCACAGAGGAACCCUCUAAACCAGGCUUUCCAAAGACAUGCUGCACCAUUCAGGAUAUCCCCCUCAUAAGUAAAUGUGGAUCCUUCCCUCCUGAAAGCUGUCUAUUCAGCCUGAUUGGUAACGUGGGAGCGUUCAUGGUUGUGAUGGUGUGCCUUUUGCGCUAUGCUCAGAUGAUUGAGCAUGGCCACGGCUGCUGGAUCAACACUGGUGGCUUGGUGGCUGGGUUCGGCAAUGCUGUUGGCUUAGUCAUGGUGGGGAAUUUCCAGGUGGACCAUGCUAAGACUCUCCACUAUGUGGGGGCUGGUGUGGCGUUCCCAGCCGGAAUGGUGUUCGUGUCCCUGCAGUGUCUGCUCACCUACCGGGUGGCCCUUACUGCCCUGGACUACUGGAUGGCACACGUUCGGGUUGGCCUGACUGUGGGCGCUCUGGUUUCACUCGUCCUCAGUGGUGCUUUCUUCAUCCACGAGAGCUUUGUCCUGCAGCAUGCAGCAGCCAUCUGCGAGUGGGUCUUCACUGUGGUCAUCCUAGUCUUUUAUGGUACCUUUACCUACGAGUUCGGCACGGUCACCAGCGAGACCAUGAUGGCCGGCCUGCAGCGCGGCUGCCACCAGAGCUCCAGCAUGAUCCUGGGCGGGAGCGAGCGGCUGGGGGGCCUCGGCAGCGGGAGUGCCAAGGGCCUCAAGUCCCCCGGGGGGAGCAGCACCUCCACCCACCUGAACUGCACACCAGAGAGCAUUGCCAUGCUGUAGGUCCCCGUCAACCCUGGUCACGUGUCCUGCGGAACGUACGCCGCUCCUGUGGAGGUGACCGGUACUUUUUAGAUGAAGUGGACCAGGAGAGAGAGAGAGAGAGAGAGAGGGAGGGAGGCUGAGGGAAAGAUGAUUGCUGCAUAAGGAUAGAGGAAUGUUUGAUGGCUGUGCUAGUUUUUGUGUGUGUGCGUGUGUAUGUUUGUUGUAUUAACCCGUCCGGGUGACCCUCAAUCUCAAGCCCUUUAGGAAGUGCUCUUGAGAAGAAUGUUCUACAUAGACAAACUUGAUUGCCAGAAAUUUACUAAAAAUGUUCACAAUGCUAGAUAUUUCGCACAUGAUCGCUGUACGUUUACCUCAAAUGUGAGGUAGAGAGAGCUUUGAGGCUUGGCCCCUUUCACGUUUUUAACCCUUCAGCAGGGGAGUUUUGAACAUUCUAAGAGAACAUUCUGUUCCGCAACAAUGUAGGGUUCUAAAAUUCCAUGUUGAAUUCAAUGAACCCAGAUAUUCUUUAGAGCGUUCAAUUUCCAACAUUCCCGUCACACCGGUGUGACGGUACCGGCUUAAGGGUUUUAAGACCCCUAGGUGGAUUUGUUUGGAGUUUGACAGGUCCCUGUGGUUCAGGAUGCUGGCAGUCCUUUCUCACUAUGGCAAAGCUGAUUACUUUUGCACACAACAAAAUUAAUACUGAGUUUCCUUUUGAGAAUGUUCUUGUUUUGUGAUCAAUGUAGAAUUAGAGAUGAUUUAUUGAACACCUCUAAUUUUGUAAUAGAGGUGGAGAUCUUGAAUUGUAAUAGAAAUGCGUAUGGGUUAAGAUGAAUCAUGAAUACAGCAUUGUUUUGUUUUUUUCACCACUCCACUAAAUAUAGCAAAGUUUUGCUCCUGGUCAUUGUAGAAAAGCACAUUAUGUUGGCAAUUUGAACGGUUAUUUUUAAGAUGAUUGCAUGUACAUACUGUUGGUAAAAAAAAAAAAAACAUUUUCACCUUUGACGCCAUACUCAAAACAAGUGCCGUUGUCUGAGAUUAACAGUGACUUCAGCAAGCUUGUGAAACUGCAGCUGUUUUCCUAUCACUGUGGUAUGAUUGGAUACUACAAUUCAAUGUAUUUUUUGAGAUCUGUUUGAAUCAUUAUUAUCACAGAGGGCAUAUUCUAGGCAAUUUGUGCUGUUGUCGUUUCUAUACCAAUAUCUAGCUGCCAUGUUGUAUUCCUGCCUAUUUGUGUUAGCCAGGAUAGCACAGUAGUGCUGUAACUUACAGAGUACAGGAACAUUCUUUACUGCCUUUUUGCUUCACUGGUUCAUGUAGCAAAUUGCAUAGCCUACUCCUGGCCAAUGUCAACUGGAGAUGGCACUCUGAAUUGUCCACACUGAAACUGGCAAAUGUCUGUGCUGAUUGUUUUGGUGCCUAGGCUGGUUCCUGGGAAGCCUUAUUUUAACCACAACUUGUUUUAAGGUGGCAUUUAUGGAUGACCUCUGUGUCCAGUCAGACUCUUCAUGUUACUUCCUGUGUCGGAUACAAACAACAAUACAGAAACCACCACUAUGAUCAGUUUAGCCAUGCUACAGAUCAUCCUCUCAGGUCCUGUCUACUUUGUCCUCAAGGCCAUAUGCUUUUGCUUUUGAUGGUGGCGUCCCCUGGUGGGCACUGGUGUGAACUACAACUCUGCCAUCCACACUGCCACACUUGUUUUUACCAAAUGCCAUUUAUCACAAUGGGUGGAAUCUUUCUGACGCUGAGGUCCUUGAUAGAGCCAAAGCGCCACUGAAUACAACCUUCAUCUGCCGCAACAUGUUGAUUAUCCUCUCUUGUGUACAAUCACUGGAUGGUUGGAGAACCACACCAGAAGCAUUUACAAUUACUUUUACAUUAGCUACCUCUGAUUGCUGGCUAGCGUGCUUUUCAGGGGGAAGCGUGUGUGUUUGUGUGUGUGUGUGUGUGUAUGGGAGUGGGGGGUGUAUUUGACUCAGUAGUGUACAGAAGGAAAAAACCAGGUUGUGCAUGCAUACUUUAUGGAUUUGUUUUUGUUGACCCUGGCCAUAAAUAUUACUAGAGAUUACUAUAUAUGGCUAGGUGGUCUGGUGUGUGUGUGUGUGUAAGGUAUUUGAGCUGUAGCCAGAGGGAUAAUCUUGUUUGAGACGUUUUACAAUGUUAUUUACCAGCAAAAAUAUCAACAUUUAAAAUCAGUUUAACAGAGGAAAGACAUAUGUGAUCACCACAAUUCUCCUCCAUGUUGCAAUAUAAGUGUCAAACAUGUUUUACCAUGUUGUAUUUUUGGCAUCUCAAUACUCACCUCCCUCUACAUUUUUGGUGUGUAUAUAGGCUCAUGGAAAUAUAUAUUAUCUGUGUGCUGUUCACCUCCGUAUGUAAGAAACAUAUACAGAGUAUUCCCUAAGCCUUACUUAUUUUUGUGUUGGAGCACUACAAGAUCAUUAGAAAAUGCACCAUACUUGUAUACAUGUAUAUGUCAGGGGUGCUUAUAAUUACAGUUUCAGUGGCUUUUCAUUAUUUUUCACUGUAAUGCACUCCCAAUGUUUUUAUCUUAUGUCUUUCAUACAUGGAGUCUUUCAUACAUGGACUUAUCAUUGUUACUUUUCAUCUCUGUGCAGGAUGACGAUGAAUUGCUCUAUAGUUAAAUCAAAUGUUCACCUCAGUCCAGUUCAAAUUAGUUUUACUGGCAUGUAGUUUCAUCAAAGCAUUAAAUAGAUUGUCUCCAUAAACUGUUUUAAUGCAUCAAACAUUUCUGACCACAUUUGAACUACGAUUGGUGCCAAUUAUGUAAAAUCACCACGAACCUCUACUAUUCCAGCUUCCACUUCAGUGUGUUUUGAUGUCUAAAACCAAAACGAAUCCCACACAUGGCAUGUAAGAAGACGGUUCACAUUACUAUUCAAUAUUUCUGCAAUGGGUUACUGUAAAAUGUUGUUGUUACCAGAAUGUCAAACAUGAUGGUCUCCAAGCCCUUAACCCCUUUUUUGAUUCAUAAAAUACUUUACUGUGUAAACAGAAAAAGCACAUCUUGAAGCCUUGUUUUGAAGUCCCACCUUGACUUAGUUUUCACCCACUGUGAAUGUGAUCGGUUACGUAUUGUUUGGUUAAUGUGGCCAUUUUUGGGAAGGAAAUGUAAACAACAACAAAUGCCACCAGCUCUGAGAGCUUUUCUUUUUAAAAGUUGCAUUUCUAUCUGUUCUACUGUUUGUAAGUCUCUUUUUAAAAUACAAAAACACAAUGAUAUUUUUAUGUGGUGAAUUUGGAUAAUUGAGUGGGUGAAACCAAAUGUCAGUAAGAUAAGUGACUGAAUGUUUUUUUUUUUCUUCUUUUCUUGUAUAAAUGACUGAUUUGUGUUGCUUUCAAUUCUGAUUUCUUUUUGUCAAGAGAUUUAUAUUCAAGUAAGAAAUAAACUGAAUCUGAAUUUG